UUGUCACGGCUACAGUUGGGAGGCAGAGCAGGGAGGCAGUGCUGGAAGAGAAGGGGUGCAGAGCCCCCCCAUCCUCUGCAGGGGCUCAGGGCAGGCAGGGAGCUGGGGCAGGACAAACAGCUGGCCCUGGGGCCGGUUCAUUCUCUUGGGAGAUCCAUGGCAAAAUCUAUUUAAAUGCCUUCUGAGAGAGCCUGGACCCCCAGGCAGAGCUACACCUCAGGCUGCCGCAGGAGCUCGGCAUUCCUCGGGGAGCCCCCCUGACAGCACACCAGGGCACCUGGGAGAGACAACUGGACUGUGUGUGUCUCAUUAGAAUCCAUCCCCUAAUCCAAGAGGCUUUAAACGAGCAUCAGCACACCCAGAACACCAGACCAUGAACGGGUACUUGAACGAAUCCAACUUCCUGAUGGUGGAGGAGGGCUUCACCACCCGAGACCUCCUGGAGAACCUCCUGGGGGAGCUGUGCCAAGAGAGCGACCAGCAGGCCUUCUUUGUGGCAGACCUUGGGGACAUCGUGAAGAAACACCUGUGUUUCCUGAAGGCCUUGCCCCGAGUGAAACCCUAUUUCCCAGUUAAAUGCAACGGCAGCGAAGGGGUGAUUGGGCUGCUGGCAGAGCUGGGGGCAGGAUUUGCCUGCGCCAACAAGGCAGAGAUCACCCGUGUUCAAAACCUUGGGGUCCCAGCUGACAGGAUCUUCUACAGCAGCCCCUGCAAGCAGGUCGCUCACAUCAGGUACGCGGCCAGCCACGGCGUGAGGCUGAUGGCCUUUGACAACGAGGUGGAGCUGAGCAAGGUGGCCAGGAGCCACCCCCGGGCCAGGAUGUUGCUGGGGAUCACUGCUGACUCCAUCCCUUGUGCCCACCCGAGCAUGACUUUUGGGACCACGCUGAAAUCCUGCCGUCACCUGCUGGAGACAGCGAAGGAACAGGCUGUGGAGGUUGUUGGCAUCAGCUUCCACCUCGGGAGCCGUGUGCUGGAGCCGCAGGCCUUGGCCCAGGCUGUGGCCACAGCACAGCUGGUGUUUGACGUGGGCACGGAGCUGGGACACCACAUGCACCUCCUGGACAUCGGGGGGGGGUUCCCCGGCACCGAGGACACCACAGCCCUGCUGGAAGAGAUGGCUGUGGGGAUAAACUCUGCCUUGGAUUUGUACUUCCCCGAGGGCAGCGGGGUGGACAUUGUUGCCAGGCCUGGGCGUUACUACGUCACCUCUGCCUUCACCUUGGCUGUCAGCAUCACUGCCUUGGAGGAGAUCCCCAUGGAGCAGCCUGGCUCUGACGAGGAAGAGUGUGGCAGCAAGAAGAACCUGGUGUAUCACCUCAGUGACGGCAUCUACGGCGCCUUCAGCUGCCUCCUGUUCGACAGCCCCUGCCCCAGGCCUCGGCUGCACAAGAGACCCUGCCCAGAGCACCCCUGGCACAGCAGCAGCCUCCGGGGCCCGCCGGGUCACGCCGAGGAUCGCAUCGCUGACGGGCUGGAGCUGCCCCAGCUGCACGUGGGGGACUGGCUGGUUUUUGGGAACAUGGGAGCCUACACCAUGCCAACAUCACCCCUGCUCACGGGGGGUCCCCAGCCACACGUCACCUACGCCAUGUCCCGCAUGGCCUGGAAAGCUGUCCAGCUCUUCCAGGGAAAGCCACCCCAGACAGAAGAGGAUCGUGAGAGCCUCUGCACCCCCCUGUCCUGCGGCUGGGAAAUGGCAGAGACACUUUGUGUCACCCCUGUCUUCGCUCCAGCUGGCAUCAUCUGAGCAGUGCUGGAGGAGAAGGAACCACUGUGGGAGAGAUCCUGUGGUGGUACUGGCAGGGGAAAUGUCCCAUAAUGGUAUUGGAAUGGGAAAAAUCCCAUGGCAGCACCAGGGGAAAACGUCCCACAGUGGUACUGGAGGGAUAAAAACCCUACAGUGGUACCAGAGUGGGAAAAGUCCCAUGGCAGUACCAGAAGUGAUGGCACCAGAGGGGGAGGAUCCCGUGGCAGUGCCAGGGAGGGGGAAGGUGCCAUCCUGCCGCUGGCAUCGCCCUGCUCCGUUCUCAUGGACCUGGAAGUAAAUCCUGUCCCAUAAAUCCUG